AUGAAUAAAGAACUAUCGCUAGAAGAGUUAAGAAAAAAAAAACUUAAUAAUUUAUCCCCCAACCCUUUUCAACAAACUAAAUUUGUCAGAAACAAUAAUAUCGGAAAAAUUAUCCAACUAUUUUCUCAGUUUAGUAAAGAAGAGUUAGCCAAAAAAAGCGAACAAGCCAGUAUUGCCGGAAGAUUAUUAAGAAUAAGGAGUUUUGGUAAUUUAAUUUUCGCUGGUUUAGCCGACCAAACCGGAAUUAUUCAAUUAAAAGUCAGCAAAAAUAAAGAUUUCACAGAAUUAGAUAUUGGUGAUAUUAUCGGUGUAAAAGGAACUGUUUGCAAAACUGAUAAAGGUGAAUUAAGCAUAGAAGUAAAAGAAUUUAUUUUAUUAAGUAAGUGCUUAAAACCUAUUCCGGACACCUCCUAUUACGGCUUUACUGACACUGAGGAAAGGUUUC